AUGUCAGCCUCCGUGAACGAGACAUCUCACCUACGCCCUCGUGACAAACACCGACGAUUCUCUACAUGUCAGACUGCUCCCAAUUGCUACUCGCUUCCGCUUUCUUUGGAGGCCCUAGAUCUUUCGUAUGCUUCCCUGACGCCCGCUUUCGUCUCUCUGCGCCUCCAAUUACUCUCGUAUCUCGCCGAUCUCGAGACGAGCCUUGCCCUUCUCGACUCACCAAUCUCACCCGAACCCCUCAGAGCAAAGGGAGAAAAGACUGUGGAGGAAGCGAGGGCGUGGGCCAGGGACGGUUUGGAGAUGCUCCGCAUGAUACGGAAGGAUAUCUGCUCCUACCUUCCGGACUUUCAUCUCGACUCUGUUACUCCUACUGUCGAGAGCUUCGUCAAGUCACGCAUACCAGACGUUCCAAGCCUGGAUGACAUGCGUGCGCACCUGCCAGAGCUGCCGGACUUCGACAUCUCCGAGAUGUGCUUGCGACUCGAGGACGUUCGCUCUCGCAUUUCUGAUAUAGACUACCACAAAUACAUUCCAAUGCUUCCGGAGCGUCUGCAAUCCCUCCAGACACAUCUGUCCUCCAUGGAGUUCCCUUACACCAGGAGAAUUGGUGAGAUCAUAUCUGAAAUCUCGUCAGAUUUGCGCGAGGGAGAGUUGGAAAAGGCUGCAAGAGACAUGGCCCGCGCUAUGAAGCAGUCUCUAGGUGGCACGCGUUUGAUAGACUAUGUCGACCUUCCUGAACCAUGGCGCAACAACCCGUUCGUUAAGGGCGGUUACCGAUUUAUUCCUCUGCAUGAUUGGCCUCGCCUUAUUCUCUCCGUUUUCACUUUGCAUAACGAGACCUUGAAUAUCCACACGCACUUUAUACCCUUCUUGGCUUUCUUGUUCACCCUCUACCCGUUCUCCACUGGGCGCCUCGAGACUCCCGUGCUAGCGUUCACCUCAUUCGCUCUCCUGUGCCUUUUCACGAGUUCACUCUGGCACACGAUGGCGGGCUGUGCGCACUUUCAAGGCAUGGAUAUCUGUGCGCGCAUCGACUAUGUCGGCAUCGGCUGGUUGAUUAGCGCCAGCGUUGGCACCAUCGUAUACUACGGUUUCCAGUGUAGCCCGACCGUGCGCAACCUGUUCCUUGCGCUUUGCUUAGCCAUAGGUCUCUCGGGGAGUAUUCUUCCGUUCAUGGAGUGGUUCAACAUGAUAGAGUACAGGAGCCACCGCAUCGUCUUCUUCGUUGCCCUAGCGCUUGCCAGUGUUGCACCGCUCGCAUGCCUCGCCCAACAACAUUCCGCUAGCGAGAUGUUUGCCUUCAUCGAUCCUGUCGUACCCUCGUUCAUCUCGUACGUGAUUGGGCUCGUCUUCUACGCGUCGCACUUUCCCGAGCGCUAUUUCGUGCGCGCGGCGCAGGCGCACUGGCUCGACUGGGUCGGCGGCGGCUCACACGCGAUCUGGCAUGUCUUCAUUGUGCUCGCGAUCAGCCAGCACAAGCACGGGAUGGCGCAGCUCAAGGGCGGCAUCGGCGCUAUGUGCGCUAUGCACUGA